AUGACAACCUCCUGGAGCGAUCGCUUACAGAAUGUAGCAGAUAUGCCUGCUAACAUGGAUAAGCAUGCCCUGAAAAAGUAUCGUCGUGAAGCCUAUCAUCGGGUAUUUGUGAACCGAAGUUUAGCCAUGGAGAAAAUAAAGUGUUUUGGUUUUGAUAUGGAUUAUACCCUUGCUGUUUACAAGUCCCCGGAGUAUGAGUCCCUUGGCUUUGAGCUUACUGUGGAAAGAUUAGUUUCUAUUGGCUAUCCCCAGGAGCUGCUCAGUUUUGCUUAUGAUUCUACAUUCCCCACCAGGGGACUGGUCUUUGACACACUAUAUGGAAAUCUUUUGAAAGUUGAUGCCUAUGGAAACCUUUUGGUCUGUGCACAUGGAUUUAACUUCAUAAGGGGUUCUCAGAUAGCUGCUCAGAAGAGACCAGAAACUAGAGAGCAGUAUCCAAAUAAAUUUAUCCAACGAGAUGACACUGAAAGAUUUUACAUUCUGAACACAUUAUUCAACCUACCAGAGACCUACCUGUUGGCCUGCCUAGUAGAUUUUUUUACUAAUUGUCCCAGAUACACCAGCUGUGAAACAGGAUUUAAAGAUGGAGAUCUCUUCAUGUCCUACCGGAGUAUGUUCCAGGAUGUAAGAGAUGCUGUUGAUUGGGUUCAUUAUAAGGGCUCCCUUAAGGAAAAGACAGUUGAAAAUCUUGAGAAGUAUGUAGUCAAAGAUGGAAAACUGCCUUUGCUUCUGAGCCGGAUGAAGGAAGUAGGGAAAGUAUUUCUCGCCACCAACAGUGACUAUAAGUAUACAGAUAAAAUCAUGACUUACCUGUUUGAUUUCCCACAUGGCCCCAAGCCUGGUAGCUCCCAUCGACCAUGGCAAUCCUACUUUGACCUGAUCUUGGUGGAUGCACGGAAACCGCUCUUUUUUGGAGAAGGCACAGUACUGCGUCAGGUGGAUACUAAAACUGGCAAGCUAAAAAUUGGCACCUAUACAGGACCCCUACAGUAUGGCAUCGUCUACUCAGGAGGUUCUUCUGAUACGAUCUGUGAUCUGUUGGGAGCCAAGGGAAAAGACAUUUUAUAUAUUGGAGAUCACAUUUUUGGGGACAUUUUAAAAUCAAAGAAACGGCAAGGGUGGCGAACUUUCUUGGUGAUUCCUGAACUUGCACAGGAGCUGCAUGUCUGGACUGACAAGAGUUCACUUUUUGAAGAGCUUCAGAGCUUGGACAUUUUCUUGGCUGAACUCUACAAGCACCUUGACAGCAGUAGCAAUGAGCGCCCAGACAUUAGUUCCAUCCAGAAGCGUAUUAAGAAAGUAACUCAUGACAUGGAUAUGUGCUAUGGGAUGAUGGGAAGCCUGUUUCGCAGUGGCUCCCGGCAGACCCUCUUUGCCAGUCAAGUAAUGCGUUAUGCUGACCUGUAUGCAGCAUCUUUCAUCAACCUGCUGUAUUACCCCUUCAGCUACCUCUUCAGAGCUGCUCAUGUCUUGAUGCCUCAUGAAUCAACGGUGGAGCAUACCCAUGUGGAUAUCAAUGAGAUGGAGUCUCCCCUUGCCACCCGAAACCGCACAUCAGUGGAUUUCAAAGAUACUGACUACAAGCGGCAUCAGCUGACACGGUCGAUUAGUGAGAUUAAACCCCCCAAUCUCUUCCCACUGGUCCCUCAGGAGAUUACACACUGCCAUGAUGAAGAUGAUGAUGAAGAAGAGGAAGAAUAAAGAGGAAAAUCAAAAUCCUGAGCACCCAUUAAACAAGUUCUGGCAGGACUUAACAGAAGCAAAGGAUGUCCCUGUUUGGGUUCCACUGGGGCAGGGGGGGUGGGGGGUUCCAUCAAAGGUAUGUCUGGAAAGUUUCUGAAGACUUUAAAAUAGUCUUAUCAUAGAGGGAUACCUGUUUAGUUUUGUGUAUCUGUACUCUGGUGCAGAUGAUUCAAAAUUGUAUCGGAGUCUAUUAAGGAAGGGUAAAAUCAGGCUGAACUGCAUGCAGAAAUGGCUCCAUUGUGGUUUGUGACACUGUUUCCUUGUCUUUCAUCAUCAUCAUCAAUAUGUCAUAGUGAAUCUGGAUAUACUAAGGGGGUGAAGGGUCUCAGAGUGAAACAAGAAGGACAAUGGGAAGAGGUGAUCCAAAAUGCUGUAAUUUUACAAAUUGUGCUGUAACUCCAAACUCCAACUUUUUCAGUGCAUUAUGCAGUAUUGUAUGUCAAUAGAGGAAAAAUACUGUUUCCAUUAUCACAUGUAGCCUGCUGUUAAGGUCAAGUUUCCUUUUAUAAGCCUUUAAGUAUCUUGAGUGACUCUGGCAAGGCUACUUCUCUAUCUGCACCUUCGCAGAAUCGUUCCCUCCUUGCUUCAGGGCUGCAUUGGACUGUAAGGACUCGAUUUUAAGGGAAAAGACUGCAUCUUUUCUACUUUUUUUUAUUUUGGUUGAUAAUGUAAAUGCUUAUUUUUUAUCCACAACCAAUCUUUUUCUCAUCUAUAGAAAGAAUUUAGUUGAAAGGACAAAGGAGCAAAGAAAAGGAAAAGAGAAACCACCUUCUUACAGUACAGUCUAAGUAAAAUUCCUUAGUGUGGACUAUAGAAUUGUAGCUCAUGCUACCCAAUUCCAAUUUCUGCCCAGUAGGGUUGUCUUAUUUUAAAAUUGAGCACUGAAGGAUGGAAGAAGACUCUGUAAGCCAGAAUGUUACUAAAUUCACUUCAGAAUCCCAAGUGAAACCACACCUUGUUUUGAACAAGAAUGAAUCAAUACUGUACAUGUCAGGGUAUUAUAACUGCCUUACCAGUACAGUGAAAGUUGUUCCAACAUUUUUAACAGUGGUAUUGACUCUUAAUUUAAGCUUCAUGUAUUUUCUUCCAUUCUUAUUGUCAUUGGUCAUCAGGGGAGGGGUAGAUUAGCUGCUCUAAAGUUCAAUAAAGUGUGAUAUUUCUAA